AUCUCGUUCGAAAUGCAAAAUUGAGUGGAAUUCGAGUGGAGUGGAAAAGUGUCUCCCAGCAGAAAAAGUUAAGAAAAAGUUGAUCCAACAAUCCAGUGAUCGGUGGGGCUGGCUGGCUCUUUUGGUGUAAAUAGAAGAAGUGCUUAUACACACACACAUACAAUCGAAAACGGAAGAAAGUCGAGGAUCAAAAUGAAUAAGACCUGUGCCCGUUGUCAGAAGGUGGUUUAUCCCAUCGAGGAGCUCAAGUGCCUGGAUAAAACAUGGCACAAAACGUGUUUCAAAUGCACAGAAUGCGGCAUGGCGCUCAAUAUGAAAACCUACAAGGGCUACAACAAAAUGCCCUACUGCGAGGCACACAUACCCAAAGCCAAGGCAACAGCCAUUGCCGAUACCCCCGAACUGAAACGUUUUGCCGAAAAUACGAAAAUCCAAUCGAAUGUUAAAUACCAUGCUGACUUUGAGAAGGCCAAAGGCAAAUUUACACAGGUGGCUGAUGACCCGGAAACGCUGAGGAUCAAACAGAACACGAAGCACAUAUCGAAUGUGGCAUAUCACGGCGAUCUGGAGAAGAAGGCUGCCAUGGAGAAGCAGCGUGGCUCUGCCGAGGUCUCCGACAGCAGCAAUGAAUCGGAAUAUUUCUCUGAGCAAUUGGCAGCUGAACAAUUCUCGCAAUAUGCACCCACAGCUUCACCCAUACCGCCAGCCGUGACACUACACCAGCAACACCAACAACAGCAACAACAACAGCAGCAACAACAACAACAACAGCAGCUGCAGCAACAAUACCAACAACAAUUGCAGCAACAACACCAACACUAUCUGCAACAGCAGCAACAAACUCUGCCACCGCCACCCAUACAACAUCAGCAAUACAAUACAGCGGCCAUAACGCCCACAUACCAACAACUCCAACAGCAACAACAACAACAACAACAGCGAGCCCAGCAGCAACAUCAACAACAGCAACAACAACAACAGUUGCAUGAUCCCUAUGCCCACUAUCAGCAACCCCAGGCGUUGCGCCAACAGCACCACCAACAGCAGCAACAGCAAGCCAUUAAACAAGCCUCACAUCUGUAUCCCACAGCAACCUCCCAGCAGCAGCAGGUGCAGCAACAGGCAGCUUUGAAUCCCCAGCAGCAGGCCCUCAAUAGCUACAAUGAGAUGCGCUCGGCCAUACUCCAGAACUCGCAUCAUCCCAGCGGCAAUGCUGUGGAUCAGUACGAUCAUCCGCAGCAGCAUCAGCUGCAGCAACAGCAUAGCAGCAACACGGCGGUGCAGCAGCAGCAACAGCAGCCAUCGCACCACAGCUUGUUGAACAACAAUCCCAGCAAUGGUGGCAGCUCGCAGAACAGCCACACCGCCAUCAUCAACAACAACAAUGGCCAUGGAUCCAACAGCCAGAUGAUGCCCCCGCAGAUGCGUGCUGGAGGCAGCAACACCGACGUGGCCCAGAUGAGGAGCAGCAGCAAGCACAGUGUGGCCGGUGCACCGGGAUCGGGAACUACCAUCACCGCCCAGAAUCAUCUGCAGCAGCUGUAUGCUGCACCCAACUACGCCACGGUGACGCCCUCGGAGAAUGCCAUUGCUGCCCAGAAUCAUAUGCAGCAGAUAUAUGCCUCGCCCAACUACGCCGCAGCGACGCCAUCGGAGAACGCCGUCAACCUGAAGGCACAUGCGAGCAAUGGACAUGUCCCCAGCCAGCAGCAACUGAUGGCCGGCGGAGGAGGAGGAGGUGCCUCCAACAAUAUCGGAAAGAUAGCCGACUACGAUCCGUUGACGGAUGGGCCGCGACCGGUGCCGACCGCCGGACGAUCCAGCACCACUCUGGUCUACAGCUCAGAGCCGCGCGGCGGCAUAGCAGGUGGCAACAGUGUCUACCCCAAGAGGAUUGGCUCCAUUUCGGACAUUGAUCCGGCCAAUGGUAUAUAUGGCUCCCUAACCAGUGCCGAGCAGGCCCACCAGCAGAAGCAGCAGCAGUACUACCAACAGGUCCAGAUGAUGCAGCAACAAGAGCAUCCUCCCCAGCAACAGCAACAGCAGCAGCAGAUGCGCCAGCAACCAUCCUAUGUGUCGCUGCAGGAUAAGCAGUCGCGCCAGAGCACAGCUUUGCGCGUCUAUCGGGCCAUUUACGACUACGAGGCGCAGGACGUCGACGAGGUUAGCUUCCGCGAGGGCGACGUCAUCUUCGAGGUGGAGUCCAUCGAUUCGGGCUGGAUGACCGGUCGGGUGGAGCGAACCGGCAAGACCGGCAUGCUGCCCGCCAACUAUGUGGAGCAGGCGGUUAUAUAA